CGCGACGGAGCCGGAGCGAGGGUGACCGCCCGCGGGGGACACCGUGCCGUGCCGCUGGCCUCGGAGGACUUUUACUAUAAUUACCAUCAUUGUUAUUAUUAUUGGGUUUUUAAUUUUUUUUUUUAUUCUUUCGCGGGGCAGCGGUUUUUUUCCUCCUCUUUCGGCGCGGUGGAAAACACACGUUUUAGACCAAAAUCCCAAACCAGCCCAUCCAUCCUCUUUGCUUUGCGCUUCGCAGCAACUUGGAGCCCGUUAAUUGCACUUGGCGAUGGAUGAGUUCCACCCCUUCAUUGAGGCGCUGCUCCCCCACGUCAGGGCCUUUGCCUACACCUGGUUCAACCUGCAGGCCCGCAAGCGCAAGUACUUCAAGAAGCAUGAGAAGAGGAUGACGAAGGAUGAGGAGAGGGCGGUGAAGGACGAGCUGCUGAGCGAGAAGCCAGAGGUGAAGCAGAAGUGGGCCUCGCGCCUCCUGGCCAAGCUGCGCAAGGACAUCCGGCCCGAGUGCCGCGAGGACUUUGUGCUCUCCAUCACAGGCAAGAAGCCCUCGUGCUGCGUCCUCUCCAACCCCGACCAGAAAGGCAAGAUGCGCCGCAUCGACUGCCUGCGGCAGGCGGACAAGGUGUGGCGGCUGGACCUGGUCAUGGUCAUCCUUUUCAAAGGGAUCCCACUGGAGAGCACCGACGGCGAGCGCCUGGUCAAGUCAGGCCAGUGCACCAACCCCAUCCUCUGUGUCCAGCCCCACCACAUCAGUGUCUCUGUCAAGGAACUCGACCUCUACCUGGCGUACUUCGUCCGUGAGAGAGAUGCAGAGCAGAGCAGCAGCCCUCGGACAGGCAUUGGCUCGGACCAGGAGGACAGCAAACCCAUCACUCUGGAUUCAACAGACUUCCAGGAAAGCUUCGUCACCUCGGGGGUAUUCAGUGUCACCGAGCUCAUCCAGGUGUCCCGAACGCCAGUGGUGACAGGCACAGGGCCAAACUUCUCCCUGGGGGAGCUGCAGGGCCACCUGGCCUAUGACCUGAACCCCUCCAGCACCGGCAUGAGGAGGACACUGCCCAGCACCUCCUCCAGCGGGAGCAAACGGCACAAGUCAGGGUCCAUGGAGGAUGACAUCGACACCAGCCCUGGGGGCGAGUACUACACCUCCUCCAACUCCCCCACCAGCAGCAGCCGCAACUGGACAGAAGACAUGGAAGGGGGCAUCUCCCCCACCGUGAAGAAGACAGAGAUGGACAAGUCCCCCUUCAACAGCCCGUCACCCCAGGACUCCUCACCCCGGCUGAGCAGCUUCACACAGCACCACCGUCCCGUCAUCGCUGUGCACAGUGGUAUCGCCCGAAGCCCGCACCCGUCGUCUGCGCUGCAUUUCCCCACCACCUCCAUCCUUCCCCAGACGGCCUCCACUUACUUCCCGCACACGGCCAUCCGGUACCCGCCUCAUCUCAACCCGCAGGACCCACUCAAAGAUCUCGUCUCGCUGGCCUGCGACCCGUCCAACCAGCAGCCCGGACCGUUAAAUGGAAGUGGUCAAGUGAAAGUGCCCAGCCACUACCUGCCCACGCAGAUGCUGGCGCCGCCACCUCCCCCCGGCAUGCCCCGCUUGGCCGUCUCUCCUGACACCAAAUCCACCACGACAACUUCCGAGGGAGGGACGACCUCGCCGACAUCACCCACCUACUCUGCACCAGGCACGCCCCCUGCGAACCGUUCCUUCGUGGGAUUAGGACCAAGGGAUCCUGGGAGUAUCUAUCAGGCACAGUCCUGGUACCUGGGAUAACCGCCGCCGUGCCGCCCCUUCGCCUCCCUUCUCCUCUGCUUUAGGCACCCCCAGAGGAACAUCCCCGUCCCCGAGCACCAGGCCCAGCCUUGCGGUGACGACGGAGAGCGCGGCCUCACGACAACGACGACGACGACGACGACAACGACAAGCAAACCCAAACCCGAAGGAAAGAGCGAGGGAAAGGAAGAAGGACAAUGGUCAAACUGUUUUAAAAUGGGAAAAAAAAAAAAAAAAACAAACAAAAAACAAACAAACCAACAACCCAUCCCAGGAGGACCUUUCCCCCCACCCCGGCGAUGCGCCAGAAAACAAAGAAACAGGAAAAAAAAAAAAAGAGAGAAAGAAAAAAACACUAUUAUUUACCCCGUCGGCCGGCGCCGCGCUGAGACCUGACACAAGUCGUGCCAGCAAUGCCUCCCGGAGCGGCUGCAGGGCCACGGCGCCGAGCCCCGCCGGCCGCUCGCCGAAUAUGCAAACGGCUUUGACUCUCUCGUUCUCUAUGUGAGUAAAAAAGAUCAAAACCUCCUCCGCCGACCCCCUCGGCCCAGACUGUCGGGGGGCCCCGGGGCUGGGGCGCGGCGGGGCGGGGAACCCCUCCUGCCGCAGCCCCGCGGACCGGGUGUGCCCGCGGUCGGGGCGGGCGAUGUUCUGUGCUGUGCGAGCUCCUCGGGGACGGUGACAUCGUGCUGCAGUGACACGGUGACGGUUAUCGGUGGCACGGAGACACGGUGGCACAGUGGAUCGAGGGGGUGGCACAGGAGGAGGGGGCUUGUGACCACAGAGGGUGCACGGGCACGGCCAGAGAUGGUCGCCGCGGCGGUGGCACCUCGGUUCCCGCGCGGUCACGGUGUCGGGACUCUCCCACCGCGGCCCAAACAUCACAGCGGCGGUGGCACCGCGAUUCCACCGGGGGCACGGCAUGGGGACUGUCGCAGCCCGGCCCCCAUGGUUCCCGGGUAGCCGCUGUCGCGCCGGGGCACCGGUCACAAUCUCUCUGGUCGCCUUCCUCCCCCAAGCCCGGCCGGGGCCACGCGUGUCCCUGUGUCCCCCGGCGUGUCACCGCGCCCGGGGGUCCCGUGGGGCUGGGGGGGCGUGCAUCCUGUGUUUGAGCUAUGCAUUCCUGUGGACAGGUACCAGGUGGGAGGCAGGAGAGGGUGCGCUUGUGUUGCACAUUUUGUAGGAAAUGCACUUUUAAGAGGGAAUCGUCUAAAAAAAAAAAGAAAAGAAAAGAAAAAAAAAGAAAAGAAAAGAAAAAAGAGAGAAGAGAAGAAAAGAAAACAAAAUCACAAAAAAAGGAAGAGGAAGAGGAGGAGGAGGAGUCCCCGGCACUGGCUUGCUGGGACGGCUGGUUUGGGGUUUUUGGGUUUGGUGGUUUUGUUUUUUUGGUUGGUUUUUUGGUGGGUUUUUUUGUUUGUUUGUUUGUUUGGUUUGGUUUGGUUUAUGUUUUUUUGUUUGGUUGGUUUUUUGUUUGGUUUUUUUUUUUUUGUUUGUUUUUUGUUUUGUUUUGGGGUGGUUUUUUUUUUGGUUUUUUGGUUUUUUGUUUGUUUGUUUUUGCAUACAGAAGGAUGGAACAAAGAAGCCCGAGCGACGGCGAGGCUAGAACCAGCCCCCCGGAGCCCCUCGAAGUCCCCCGGUGUCCCCGGCAGCCCCUGACCCCGUGUCAAGUGCCUGAACUGCGGCGGGGAGGGGUCCCGGCCUUCCCGGAGGAGCCCCCGGCCGGGGGCAGCGCGGGAGGAAGCGCUCGGCCGUCCCCGUCCCGUGCGGUGACAGCGUGGCCGGGAAGGGGACGCAGGGACGUGGCAGUGCCUUAGAGCAGAGGGACUCCCGCUACGGCCGAGGCGAGGAGGAGGAAGAGGACGAAGUGCCCGUUGUCCCCAGCGAGACGAGGAGACUGAUCCCCAAAGGAUGUCUGCCUCAGGGGACGCCCGAAGGGUGAUGAUGGAGAGAAGCCACCGUGGGAUGUCCAGGAGCUGGGAAUGUCACCAAGGCCACCGUCGCCACCCCGCCUGGCCCCCUCCCCUGGCACCCAGUGCGCCCCGAGGACCACCGGCAUCGCAUCCCCCAUCCCAGUGGCCCCUGCUUCCCCCCGCUUCCCCCCGCUUCCCACCCCCCGGGUCGGCACAACGAGGCACCAGGGAAAGGGCUGACGCAGGAAAUCCCGGGAGACAGAAAAAUAAUCAAAAAGGACAAGAAAAGGAGAAAACCCACCAAAAAAAAAAAAAAAGAAAAAGAAAAAAGAAAAAGGAAAACACAACAAAAAAAAGUGCUCGGCGGAGAGGGAAACUUGUUUUUUUUAAAAAAAAAAGAUCUGAGAAAAGAAACACAUGGAAAAAAAAGACAAAAAGACAAAAAAAAAAAAAAAAAAAAAAAAAGACAAAUAAA